UUGUCCAUUGUGGUUGGGUGGACGAUAAUAGGACCCCCUGGCUUGUUUUUGGCCUGGCCAAACCCCCUGGCCUGGAUUGUUUUACUCUUGGGCUAGGAGGCUACAAUGCCCUCACUGUACGGAUCCAUGAUGGACUUGGGUUUGGAUUAUGUAAAAAUUAAAACACAUUACUGUGGGUGUUAAUAGAUACAAACUUGGAGUUAAUGUGACAUUUUUCAUGAGAUGUCGAAGUUUUUGAAUCAAUGGAACCACUUUCAUUUUCAGAUACUGUUACUGUUUCUACACAUUGGCAACUGUAUCGCAUGCGGUCGUGCAGAGUACCUGAUACAGGAGGAAUGCUGUCCUAUGUGUGCCCCAGGAAACCGUGUCCAUAAACAUUGUACUGAAUAUACAAGCACUUCCUGCAUCCCUUGUAUGGGCUCUACUUUUCUCGACCAGCCCAAUGGACAAACAACCUGCUUUCUUUGUACAAAUUGUGAUCCAGUUGUUGGUUUGAAGAUAAAGCAGAGUUGCACACCCACAUCCGAUGCUUUGUGUGAACCACUGGCAGGAUACUUUUGUGUACAGCUAUUUAACCAAGGUUGUACAUUUGCCAAGGAACACAGCAGUUGUAAACCAGGACAAUACAUCAGUCAGCAAGGAACAUCAUCCACAGACACUAAAUGCUCAGACUGCCCUGGUGAUACUUUUUCCAAUGGAUCAGUGACAGCCUGCCAACCAUUCACAAAAUGUGAAACAUUGGGCAAGAUACAAAUCAGUCCAGGUAACACUUCUUUUGAUACUACUUGUGGACAAACACAUGAUCUGGGACUUGGAGGCAUCCUUGCAGGUGUUGUUGGAAUCAUUUUUGUAGUCAUUUUUGUAGUCAUUGGAGUCAUUGUCUUUCGACGACGUAAAAACACAGGAGAAUCUAAUUUACGGAGUGUACUGAAGGGACUGCUGCCAGUUCAGGAAUCGGAUUCACCACGCAGAGAUAUUUCAACAAACCAGACCCGGCCUCUCCAAGAAUCUGGUUGAAUGUCUAACAUACUUAAUCAAGAAUGAGGAUACAGUUUAAUGUUGUGAAAACAAUUCCACUU